CAAAUGUCAUCAUUCACGUGCAAAGUCGAGUCGAACUUUUGUUUUGAUUUUGUGUGUUCGUUGAUUAUCUUCGCACAGAACAGACGUGAGAUUCGGCGAACUGAACAGCAUUUCAAGAAAUUCAAGUAAUCAGUGUUAAAUUUGCAUUUGUUGAUACAAAGUUGAAACAGAACUACCGAUUGUUCAUCAGAACUUGCUGUAAUCGAUACAUGUGUGAUAAUCGGAAGUAUCCAGAAUGAACAAGUCCAGACAGGAAUCGAAGGCCCGUAAUCCAAGCGCAUCGUUCUCAAAACCGGGUAAAGCUUUCCACCACCGAAACAAGAAAAGCGCCAAGGCGUGGAAGGAGGGAAAGUCUGCUCCGGAAGAUGAACCGGCUGAUCUCGAAUUCAAACGGAUGACCAACGGAAUGGCCAAUCGUAAGAAUCAAAUGAAAUCCAAGACGAAGUCUGCUCAACCAAUCAAACCGAAUGUCAGUAAGAAUUUGAACAAACCGGAACAGAAUAAACCAGUUAAGUCCCAAACUGAGCCAAAAUCCAAGUCAGAAAGCAGUCAAAAGCGUAAAGCCCAGAAUAUUAACGGCCACGGAACGAAAUCUAAGAAACAGAAGAAACAUUCUUCGCCGGAAUCGGACAGCGAUGCGGACGAUUAUAUCGAUCAAUUUUUCGGAGACAUUUCCGACGAUGAUGCUCAAGUUCCAGCUGAAGAAAGCAGUGCAGAGGAUGAUUUGUCCGAAUCUGAAGAUUCCGAAAGCGAGGAAGACCUGGAAGAGGAAAGCACAAUGUCUCUGGAACAGUUGGUGGAUUAUUACGGUCAUCGACGGGAUGCCGAGCAGAAAACGGGUAAAAAGCGAAAGCAAUCCCACCCCGCCAAGGGUAACAACGGAGGAGAAUGGGUCGAAGAGGACAAUGAUGUGGAACUGGUCUACAAAGAUUCGGACGACGAACAGGGCGGUAACAGCUCCCGAGCGCUGGUCCCGGCUGGAGACGUUCGAAACGUGGAAUACGAUGAGGAGGAUGACGAAGAAGAUCUUUCUUCCGGGGACGAUGAAGAGGAUGACGAUGAACCAUUCGACUUGGAAGCUUAUCUGAGGGGAGAAAACGACUUUGGAGAGGAGAGCGACUCCAGCGAUGAAGAGGAAGACUUGGAUGGCUCUGAUUACACCGACAGUGACUCCUUCGAGGAAGACUCCGAAGAUGCUUCCGGCGAAGAUCAGUCCGACCUGGAUGAUCACGAGUUUUCCUCGGAUUACGAUUCCGAUGAGGACGACGACAGUCUAGAAGAGGACGAUGAAGAGGAAUUCCCCUCCUAUUGGGAUGAGUCGUACGACAGCGAAGAUGAUGAGGAUUACGUAGCCGAGGGCGUUGAUGAUCUGUACAUUUGUCGAGGCAUGGCGAGGGUCUACAAUAUCGAUGAUAACGAAGUGACAUUCAAUAGCGACGUGGAAACGGCUCAAAUAGUAGAACUACCGGUGGAAGACAGGAGAAGUCGAUCGGUUGGCAGCAGUGAAACCGAGAGUCACGAAGAUGCCGGCAAUGAUGGGGAAUGUCCGAUAUUAGUUCCCAUCUAUGAUGCGAGUGGUAAUAUUAUAGAUAGCCCUGAAAAGCUGGAAGAGCUUAAAAUAAAUCACGCACAUGGCGAGAAAAAGCAAAAAUCGAGAACCUCGUCGGUUUUGAUUGAAAUGCCCGCAAAUCAUAAAAAGACUUGUAAUGAAGCAGAAACGCCUGAAUUAGAUCAACAAGACAAAAUGGAGGAAGAUGUGGAGCAGCAAAAUGGUGCCACUGAAAUGUAUCGGUUUUACGAUGCGAUCGAUAUGCGACUUUCGCUGUUGAUAUUGAAAGAAACCCUCUACUUCAGUGGACACCUCACGAUUCAGCCUUUGAUUGGUGGACUGGAAGUGAUGGGUUACAAUCUAAGCCCAGGCGAAUGUCGCAGCGCUUUUGCUGUCCGUGGGUUCCACAGCCUGAAUUUAACACCUCGUGUUCAGGCGACUCCUAGCUCGAAGGAUGCAAUGGGAAAAGUUAUGACUCGUUUAGAAAAGCACUUCCACGAGGCAGACUUGAAGGAAAUCGUUAACACCUUUGAUUCUUCUGACUCGGUCCUAGUUUUGUUACAAGCGGAUUGCAACAACAAACGGAUUGAUACCGUUGAUAAAUACCUUUCGGAAGAUUUCCUGUUCCCAAAAGUGGAAUACUUGAAAAAAGGCACAUUCUUCAGAACUGAAUACCUACUGAAUGUUGAGUUCUAUUUAGAGCAUGUGGACAAAAGUACAUCAUUGUAUCGACCAGAUCCAGAGUGGGCAAAAAUAGUUGCUAAAAAUAACAGUAAAAUACUAGUGAUGGGAGGAAAGGGAUCCGGUAAAUCCACGUUGUGCCAAUACCUUAUCAAUAAGAACGUGGAGAAGUUUAAAAAGGUAGUUCUAAUCGAUUUAGACAUUGGUCAACCAAUCCAACACAUUCCGGAAACGAUAAGCAUAACUAUCAUUGAUAGACCCCUACUUGGGGUAGCCACCUUUAAUCCAAUCCCACCAGUCAAGAGUUGGCUCUUUGGAAGCCUCGACAUCGUAUCUUCCCUUAUCUUCUACACUCAAAAUGUCCACCAGCUAGUGAGGUACUGCGAACAGCAUAAAUCAGAACUCGCCAAUAUUCCAUGGAUCAUUAACACCAUGGGCUAUGCAACAGAUUUCGGCGAAGAACUUAUGAGCACAAUUCUUCGUAUGUUAGCUCCAACGGAUGUGAUUCAGCUGGUAUCCACCAAUAAGCUGCUCGCUAUACCCAACUUCCAGAAUCGAUUCACCUCGGAGUUCAUGAACCAGUAUAACUACAACAUCCUCCGGAGCGAAGUCAAAGAGUACAUUCAGCGGAAAGCAUCCUUCAAACACUACGAACUGAACGUGUGCUAUCCUAAGAAGGGAUUCACGCUAAACGCCCCGAAGCGCAGGAAUCUGAUGCUGUUAGCCCACCUGGCCGACAUUUUACAGGAUUCUUCUAGCGAAUGGUUCAACGAGGUGAAACCAUUCUGUGCACCACUCAACCAACUGCAGGUGCUCAUCACUCGUGAAGAUCAAACCCUGGGCGACGACCAACUUCCCUCGGUUCUGAACGCCACGCUGGUCUACCUCUGCCGGAAGGAUGACGCUGGCCUGUAUGAAUGCCUCGGAAUCGGUAUAGUUCGAGGUGUGGACAAGAACAACAACGUCUAUCUACUGCAAUCGUUACCGGAGGCGCGGCUUGCUCAAGUAAACGUGUUGGCCAUUUGCAGCAGCAGUUUGCCGAAUGCCGUGUUCCUACGACAGAGUACCAGGAUUCAGGGAACUAUUCCUUAUGUGUACAAUAUCGACUGAGUGGGGCAGUGAGUUGAAGCUCGUUUUUGAAAAUCUGUACAUUUAGUUUGAAUUUAAUCGUAUUUAUGUUUCCUAGUAAUAGUGGAUAAAAUCAUGUUGAUUUAACACUAUGCGCAUUAUGGGCGUCGAAAAAUAUAAAGAUAUUAACACGUU